GUUCAGUGCCGCGAACCUUGCUGGCUGCCUGCCAAGGAGAGAGGCUGGGGUGAGCUUUGCCUGGGAGUGACACUCCUUGUCACUGAUUAACCAGCUCCACAGGAAGGUUGCUCUGCCAGCCUGCUUCUCUGCCUGGAGAGAGAUAUCCGGUCAAGCUUUGGUAGAAAAAAUGUCCACUCGCUACCACCAGGCUGCUAGUGACAGCUACCUGGAACUUCUGAAAGAGGCUACCACGCGAGACCUGAAUCUUUCUGAUGAGGAUGGCAUGACCCCCACUCUGCUCGCCGCCUACCAUGGCAACCUGCAAGCCCUGGAAAUAAUCUGCAGCCGGGGAGGGGACCCCAACAGAUGUGAUAUCUGGGGAAACACUCCUCUGCACUAUGCCGCCUCCAAUGGCCAUGCCCACUGUGUCACAUUCCUGAUCAAUUUUGGUGCCAACAUCUUUGCCCUGGACAAUGACUUGAAGUCUCCCCUGGAUGCCGCUGCCAGCAGGGAGCAGAGCGAAUGUGUUGCCCUCUUAGAUAAGGCUGCCACUACCCAGAAUGUUGCAAACCCCAAGAAGGUCACCAGGCUCAAAGAGCAGGCUCAGAAGAAUGCCAGGAGGCAAAUCAAAGAAUGUGAAAAGCUCCAGGAGAAGCAUCAAAACAAAAUGGCCCGAGCCUACAGCAAGGAGGAGUCUGGGACUCUGUCUUCUUUCAAGGGCACCUUCUCCAGGUCAUCCGUCUCAAGUGCUUCUGCUUCCAGUACAUUCGGAUCCCUCUCUAAGGGCAUUAAAGACACCUUCAAGAUGAAGUUCAAGAAAAACAAAGAUACAGCAGAGCAGACGGGGAAGGAAGGCAGAAGUGGGCAGAGGAAUGUGAUGGAAGUGUUCAGAGAGGAGGAAGCAGAGUCAUCAGGAGACUUCAAGGAGAAGCUCACAUUCUCAGCAGAGGAAGACGGCGAUGUGCAGCAUGAAUCCAUUCUCAACCGCCCGGGUCUAGGAAAUAUUAUUUUUAGGAGGAACAGAUUGCUGAGCUCUGAAGAUCUCUCAGACAGCAAGAGAGAGCUGGGGUUUAAGAUGCCCAGUGAGCUGCUCCAACGACAAGCAACAGCAGAGGCUGAGGAAGCUGAGGCUGAUGAGGGAGGGGAAGGUGGCCUUGUAGGUGACCUGCCCUGGGAUGAGGACGAGGUGGAGUGGGAGGAAGACGUGGUGGAUGCCACUCCCCUGGAAGUGUUCUUGCAGUCCCUGCACCUGGAGGAGUUCCUUCCCAUUUUCACGCGAGAGCAGAUUGAUCUGGAAGCUCUGUUGCUUUGCUCUGAUGAGGACCUUCAGAAUAUCCACAUGCAGCUGGGUCCCAGGAAGAAAGUUCUUAAUGCCAUCAACAAAAGGAAGCAAGUGCUGCAUCAGCCUGGGCAGCUGGUGGACACCAGCCUCUGAAGGACAGUGCUGGGUCAACGGGACGAGCCUGCAGCAGCAGGAGAUGCUGUGGCCGAUGGGAAGCACUCCAGGCUGCACUCCAGGCCAUACCCACCCAACGCCAGACACGGGGAGCUCAUUCUAGGGCUUUGGAGAUGCCCAUCUAAGAAAAGGCCCAGACUCUACUCUUGGAAAUACCUAGGCCUACCCAAAUUAACCACCAGUGAGAAACUCAAGGGGAUCCUGGAUUAAGCACAUGGCAUUUCUUUUCAAUUAUCAUUUUGGUAUUUUUGAAUAAAGAGUCAAAUGUACGAUAGAAAAGAGAAAGAAAUUUUCUUUACUUUUCUAACUUUUGGAUGUGAAAUGAUAAUUUCUCAUCACACUACCCUACUUUUUGAUCCAUAUAGCCUGGGAAUUCUAAAUCUAGUUCUUUCCUUAGCUCUAUAACUUUCCUUGUCAUUGGACAUCAAAGUUCUUCAUUGACCUGAGGCUUGAUGACCAACUUAUACGCACCUAAUCCUUACAUGGAUGCCUACAUAUUUACAAGGGAGAGUGAAGAAAGAAAGAAUAGUGCGCCCUUGGUAGACUGAAUUGUGUCCCCCUUAAAACUUGUAUGUUGUAGCUCUAAGAUCCAAACUGUUUUCGGAUAUAGGUUCAUUGAAGGCUAAAUGGUGUCAUAGAUUGGCAUCCUCCCAUAUGACUGAUGUCCUCACAAGAAAAGGACGAUCUAUAAAAGAUGUGACCACACACAGAAAAAAGAUCACAUAAGGACACAGCAAAAGAGUGCUAUCUGCAGCCCAAGGAACGAGAUCUCAGGAGAAACGGAACCUGCCAACAUCUUGAUUUUGGACUUUCCGCUGCCAGAGGUGUGAAAAAAUACAUUUCUGUUGUGUAAGUCACUGUCUACGAUGUUUUGUUGUGUCAGCCUGAGCUGACUAAACAGUGCAUAAGCAAGAGUGUGGUAAGGGAGAGAAAGAAGGAUACAGAAAAAGAAAAAUAUGACCUAUCUGAUGACUUUUCUAAGUGUCUCCUGAAACUUUAAAAGAAAAAAAUUAAUUGUUGGGAAGAUUUGCUUGUAAAACUAAAUUCUACAUCUUUGUGUUUAUAUGUUUCUUGUAUACUGUCGUCUAUUACCAUCGCUACAAAUCCUAAUAUGUGAAGGUUCAUGAUAUAAAUUGGCAAAAUUGCUGUUGAAAUUUUUUGAAAAGUAGCCCCAAAUGCAAACUGAAGCCCUACUUAACA